AACAUGGCGGAAGCAUUUGGAGAGGAUAUAUUUAGCGUUUUCGAAGAAGAUGGUCCAUCAAAACAAGAUAAAAGUAAACGUUGCAAAGCAGAAGACGUUUCAUCCCAUGCUCAUGUCGGCAAUGUGGUUGCCAAUUCUUCUGGCCUGAAAAGAGAGUUACAGUCAUCCGGGGAAAGUGAAAGUAAAAAGCCAAGACUAGCAUCAGCACUGUGCAUAGCUGAAGAUUUAAAUCAAUCGGAAAUUUUGCCUCGAGUGAAAGUAUUGCCAGUUGAAACACUAGAAGCAUGUACCCAUGAAGUAGCUGUGCCGCAUGACGCUGAAUACGAACCAUUGAAACCAACGGGUAAAAAAGCUGCUAAGGAAUAUCCUUUUAUUUUAGAUCCUUUCCAGAAAGAGGCUUUGAAAUGUCUGGAAAACAACCAAUCAGUGCUGGUGUCUGCGCAUACAUCAGCUGGCAAGACUGUGGUGGCCGAGUACGCGAUAGCCAUGUCAUUACGUGAUAAACAGAGAGUGAUUUAUACGACACCGAUCAAAGCUCUGAGUAAUCAGAAAUACAGAGAGUUAUACGAAGAAUUCCAAGAUGUCGGUUUGAUGACGGGAGAUGUGACGAUAAAUCCAACAGCCAGCUGUCUUGUCAUGACAACAGAAAUUCUUCGUAGUAUGUUAUACCGAGGUUCUGAGAUUAUGCGAGAAGUUGCGUGGGUGGUCUUUGAUGAGAUUCAUUACAUGCGAGAUAAAGAACGUGGUGUGGUUUGGGAAGAGACAAUUAUUCUGCUUCCAGACAAUGUACAUUACGUAUUCUUAUCUGCUACAAUACCUAAUGCUAAACAGUUUGCUGAAUGGAUUUGUCAUUUACACAAGCAGCCUUGUCAUGUGGUAUACACUGACUAUCGUCCUGUACCAUUGCAGCAUUACAUCUUUCCUUCUGGUGGUGAUGGAUUACAUCUUGUUGUCGAUGAAAAUGGUGAGUUCCGUGAUGAUAACUUCAAUGCGGCAAUGGCCAUCCUUCGUGAUGGCGGGGACGCGGCAAAGGGAGACCAAGCUCUGAGAGGAAGGAAAGGUGGCACCAGAGGUCCAUCAAACUGCUUCAAGAUCGUCAAAAUGAUCAUGGAGAGGAAUUUUUCUCCCGUAAUCGUGUUCAGUUUCAGUAAAAAAGAAUGCGAGGCAUAUGCAAUGCAGAUGUCAAAGAUAGAAUUUAAUACGUCCGCUGAGAAGAAUUUGGUGGAAGAAGUAUUCAGUAACGCUAUUGAUUGCUUGUCAGAUGAAGAUAAAAAGUUACCGCAGGUUGAGAGCGUAUUACCGCUCUUGAAACGAGGGAUUGGUAUACAUCAUUCUGGAUUAUUACCUAUACUCAAGGAAACGAUAGAAAUCCUGUUUUCAGAAGGUUUGAUCAAAGCACUGUUCGCUACGGAGACGUUUGCGAUGGGUCUGAACAUGCCUGCGAGGACUGUCUUGUUCACGAAUGCAAGGAAGUUUGAUGGUAAAGACUUCAGAUGGAUCACAUCCGGUGAAUACAUUCAAAUGAGUGGACGUGCUGGACGACGUGGUUUAGAUGACCGGGGUAUCGUCAUAAUGAUGAUUGAUGAGAAAAUGAGUGCGGGAGUCGGUAAAAACCUUCUACAGGGUAAAGCGGAUGCCCUGAACAGUGCGUUCCAUUUAACGUACAAUAUGGUGUUGAAUCUACUCAGAGUAGAAGAAAUAAACCCAGAGUACAUGCUAGAACGAUCGUUUUAUCAGUUUCAGAACUACGCAGCGAUACCAGAAAUGAUAGACAAAUUAAAGAAACUAGAGAAAGAUUAUAAUGGCGUGGUGAUACCAAAUGAAGACAGUGUUGAAUCUUACUAUAAAAUAAGACAACAGUUAGAUAAGUUAGGAAAAGAAGUCCAAAGGUUUAUAAAUCUUCCAAAGUAUUGUCUGCCAUAUUUACAGCCUGGGAGGCUUGUCCGGGUUAGAAACGACGAUGAAGACUUCAGUUGGGGCGUUGUUGUUAAUUUCCAAAAGAAAGCAAACCAAUCAAACAAAAGUAAUCCUAAAGAACCAGUAUAUGUUGCGGAAGUCUUGUUAGAGUGUUCAAAAGACAGCAUCAAAAACUCUGCAUCCGAGUCUGCCAAACCUCCAAAACCUAAUGAAAAGGGAGAGAUGGUGGUUGUCCCGGUGAUGCUACACUUAUUGAUACAGAUCAGCAGUAUAAGACUUUAUAUUCCUAAAGAUUUGCGGCCGUAUGAUAACAGGCAAAGUGUUCUCAAAUCAAUAAAGGAAGUUCGAAAAAGGUUUCCAGAUGGUGUACCGUUAUUAGAUCCUAUAGAUGACAUGGGAAUAAAAGAGUCUGGGCUGAAAAAAGUCAUUGAGAAAAUUGAGGCGUUUGAGCAUCGUAUGUAUUCCCACUCACUGCAUAAUGAUCCCCAAUUAGAGAAGCUGUAUGAUAUGUAUGAAAAGAAAGCACAGCUUGCGUCAGAAGUGAAAGCAGUGAAACAAGAAUUGAGGAAAGCCAAAACAGUUCUUCAGAUGGAUGAAUUGAAAUGUCGGAAGAGGGUGUUGAGGAGGCUGGGAUAUGCCACCGUAUCUGAUGUGAUUGAAAUGAAGGGGAGGGUAGCAUGUGAAAUCAGUAGUGGAGAUGAGUUACUUUUAACAGAGAUGAUAUUCAAUGGUGUCUUCAAUGAAUUGAAGUGUGAGCAAAUCAUAGCAUUGUUGUCAGUGUUUGUAUUUCAAGAGAAAGCUAACGAGAUGCCAAAAUUGACGGAAGAACUUUCUGGACCACUUCGGCAAAUGCAGGAAUCUGCUCGUAGAAUUGCCAAAGUGAGUUCUGAAGCCAAACUUGAAGUUGAUGAAGAAGACUACAUAGAAUCGUUUUGUCCUCAUCUAAUGGAUGUGUGCUAUGCCUGGGCCAAUGGUGCCUCGUUUUUACAGAUUUGUCAAAUGACAGACGUAUAUGAAGGCAGUAUUAUUCGAUGUAUGCGGCGAUUGGAAGAACUCCUUCGUGAGAUGUGUCAGGCUGCCAAGGCAAUCGGUAAUACAGACCUUGAGAACAAGUUUGCCGAAGGCAUCACAAAAAUCAAGAGAGACAUAGUAUUCGCAGCAAGUCUAUACUUAUAAUCUGGGAAGAAGCCGUCUAUUGAUUAAUAAUGUGAAUAAAGCAAUCAUUCCAUUAGCCUGACACGUGCUUUCUACAAACUUUGUUACCUUCAUAUACAGUUAUAAUGUAUUCAUUAUGUUUUGCUUUUGGGAUAAGUUUGGAUGACUUGAACAUGCAUCAUGCUAAAAUAAAAACACCAUGUGUGAUUGCUAGGUAUGCAUUAUCUGUAUUUGUGUUUAAUAUUCAUAUUUAAAUGCUGGAUUAAGUUUUAUUGCCACCUAAAAUAUUGUUUUUGUCUUGUUCAAAAUUUACAAAUUUAAAGCAUGUGCUCCCUCUAGUGGUGAAAAUUGUCUCUGAUUUGAAUCGGGACAAUGUUCACAGGGUUGAUUUGUUUAGAUUUGUGUUCAUCUACCAACAAAAAUAGUUUUUCAUUCAAUAUUUAAAACAACAACAUCGUAACCAGAGUUGUCUUUCUGACAUUGUCAUA